GCAGGCACAGGCUCCGCCUCUGAUUGGAGUUCUGUGAGAGCCACUCGACCUCGCCCUGGUGCUGCAGCUCCCAGCAUGGUCGACCAGCCCGAUGCUGUGGUCCAGGAGGACCCAUGGAUGUCCGCCCAGGCCCUGGACAGGCUGCUGAAGAUGCCGCUUCCACUGCCCCGGAUUCGCACCCGGCCCUGGUGGUUUCCUGCGCUGGAGCUCAGAGACCCAUUGGUGUUUUACCUGGAGGCAUGUCUGGCUGACCCCAUCUUCGGCAAAAACGGAGCCAUGAUUCCGGAAAUAGAGUGGAUGAACCAGGUCCUGCUGACGGUGGAAAAGGUGAACUCCGGGAGCUUAAUCGAAAUCACUGUUUUCGGACAGCCCCGUGUCCAAAAUAGGGUGAGAAGCGUGCUCCUGAGCCUGGCAGCAAGGCACCGGGAAAACCGUGCCCGAGGUGAGGCUCUGCAACCUGCAUGUGGAGGGAGCCCAGGUGAACCCCCGGCGGUACCUGGCUUCCUUCCAGCCUCUCUUCCCUUCCCAAUACUCUUUGCAAUUUCCCAGCUCCUGUAAGGUGCAGGCAGCCCCUGGGCAUCCCUUUGUGCGGAGUCCAAGUAGGAACUUGGGGUAGUAAGCUGAGAUCUGACACAUUCAUGCCCUUCACUGCCCAUGUCGGCCUCCGUUUGAUUAUACAACUAUUUCCAGAUCCAAGUUGAGAACCUCCACCCAGAGAAAUGGUGUUGCCAGCACCCCUCCCCCCAGCCCCUCCCCCUGCCCGCAAAGACAGAGUAAUUUGAAACGUGAGUAUUUUUGCUUAUCCAGAUAAGAAGAUAAAACAACUUGAGAAGUUCUUGAAGGCCCAUGGGUCACCUCCCCCGACUCCCCAGUCUGCCCAGUCUCGGUCUCCUGUUGCAUGAUAUU